UUCAUGAGUUUCUUAUUAAAGUUCACUUGCCAUGGGCAUAGUAGUUAAACAUUCUCUAAUUCCUUUUUUUUUUGAGAAUUUACCUUGGUAACUCAAAUUUUGGCCUAGGGAUACAGGACUUGAAUGUUUAUGAAAUUUCCAAGUAGAUGAUGGACUGAAAUGUAAUAAGCAAAGAAGCCGUGGGUCAACAAAAGCAUAAUAAUCAGAAUUUUAAAGUACAGCUGAAUUUAUUUGCACUGGAUGGAAAUAGAGUUAAUGCCUAAACAUUUUGAGUUGUGUUUAUACAUUUAAGCUCUUUGACAGAGCAGAUCUCAUUUUUCGACGUUAUUGUUUUGUCAGAGUUGUCUGAGGAUCUUGCCUUGCUUAAUGAAAAGCAUAUAAAAAUUGCUUUUCUGUUGAUAAAUUUAUCUUUGACAACCAGCUUUUACACCAGCUGUGUGCUUAAUAGCAGUGUGCAUGUGGGCUUAACUGAAUAAAACGUGCUUCAGUGCUUCAGAGAUACGUUUUCGGAGCGCUGUUUUGUAAGUUGCCAGACCCCUGUAGGUGAAGGUAUUCUGUAAUUCUGUAAUGAAAUUACUGUAGAAUUCGAGGUUAAUUCUGUGCCCCACCCAUGGUGACUUUCUCUUCUGUGAAUCCAUAAGCCACAAACUGGUGGCCUCAAGCUGGUGGGUCCUGGGAAUGAACAAGUCCCUUCCCUUAUCUAAGCUUUACUGCACACAUUUGUGAAAUGGACACAAAUAUUUGCCUCACAGUGUUGUGAGGAUUUACUAAGAUGUUUGUGGAAGUGCCUGGUGUAUGAUAUUCAGUAAGUUAUAUUAACAGAUUAACAGAGUGACAGUGAAUUAUUUAGAAGCAUAGAAUUUGAAAAUUUUGAAAGGGAGGUAACCUUUAGAGAUGCUUAGUUCAGUUCUCCAGCUUGGCUGCACAUUAGAAUUCCCUGAGUAGCUUCUUAACAAUACUGAUGCCUGAACUCCACCCCAGAGCAAAUAAAUCAGCAUUCCUGGGUUUGGGUAAUAGGUAGUUUUACCCUUUUUUUUCCCCCACCCAUGAUUUUAAUGUGCAGUUGGGGUUGAGGACCAUUGAUUUAAUUCAGUCUCAUCUCCUUAUUCUCUUCAUUUUGUGGUAGAAUGAAGUGCAGAGAGAGGUUACGUGCCAGCCAAAUGCCUAUCAUUCAGGCUAGAAAAGACGUAUUUGUAGUGGAGGGAAGUGCGGUGCACACGUGCUAAAGCAACAGUGACAGUCACGUCAGGCCUCCACUCUGCACUGUCCUGUGGGAUGACCCUGUCAUUUAGCCUUGUCUCACUCAGAACUACCUCUCGUCCUCAGCUCUGUGGCUUGAGGGUGAUUCAGGGCGGUUUCUGUGUAUUUCUGUUUUCCAUCACACUGGAUGAACAAGCUUUUUGUCUUCAUCGUCACCUCCGUCCCUCCCAGGUUGUCCGUUUCCUUCCUUCUUUGGGAUCCUGAACUCUGGUUUUCGUUCUGUGAACUCACUCGCACUGUGCAGCCCUCCUCUCCUUGACCUUUGCUGUUUAUAGCCAGUCAAUUCUCAACUCAUAAGUGUCACCAUUUACUUUGUCCCUGCCUAGCACCCCUGAAAAAGGUCACAGCUGCGGUGACGGUUCGGGACUUGUUUUUCUAGCUACCUGUGUGUUGGUUGCUUUCUACACCUUUUUCAUCCCAAAGUUGACUCAUGCUCUCUGUUGCUUUUGCACCGUAAUUCAGGUUGCUGACUCCAGUCUUCCAGCUCUUGACUCUUAGUAGAUGACCUUACUUGCUUCUGAAAUGAUUAAGAUUUUAUGAUGCUGUUAGCAAAAGAUGGUGGAUCGCUUGGCAAACAGUGAAGCAAACACUAGACGUAUAAAUAUAGUAGAAAACUGUUUUGGAGCAGCUGGUCAGCCCUUAACUAUACCCGGGCGGGUUCUCAUUGGAGAAGGAGUAUUGACUAAGUUGUGCAGAAAAAAGCCCAAAGCGAGGCAGUUUUUCCUGUUUAAUGAUAUUCUUGUGUAUGGCAAUAUUGUCAUCCAGAAGAAAAAAUAUAACAAACAACAUAUUAUUCCCCUGGAAAAUGUCACCAUUGAUUCCAUCAAAGAUGAGGGAGACUUGAGGAAUGGAUGGCUUAUCAAGACACCAACUAAAUCAUUUGCAGUUUAUGCUGCCACUGCCACUGAGAAAUCGGAAUGGAUGAAUCACAUAAAUAAAUGUGUUACUGAUUUACUCUCCAAAAGUGGGAAGACACCCAGUAAUGAACAUGCUGCUGUCUGGGUUCCUGACUCUGAGGCUACUGUAUGUAUGCGUUGUCAGAAAGCAAAAUUCACACCAGUUAAUCGUCGUCACCAUUGCCGUAAAUGUGGUUUUGUUGUCUGUGGGCCCUGCUCUGAAAAGAGAUUUCUUCUUCCCAGCCAGUCCUCUAAGCCUGUGCGGAUUUGUGACUUCUGCUAUGACCUGCUUUCUACUGGGGACAUGGCCACAUGCCAGCCUACUAGAUCGGACUCGUACAGUCAGUCAUUGAAGUCUCCUUUAAAUGAUGUAUCUGAUGAUGAUGACGAUGAUGAUAGCAGUGACUAAGGACAUAUUUUGAAGUAUUUAAUUGGGUGUGACUAUCUGAGAAGUCAGCUUUGGGGAGAAUGUAAAAUUCUGGGCUCUCUCUCAAUUUUGCUCUAGCCAUGAAUUUGCCUGAGAAACUUCUAACCUAUGUGCCUCAAUAUAUCCUAUAGAAAAUAGGUCCUGUUGUCAACCCCACCACCGCCAUCCCAAGUACCCACUCUCCUGUAGAGAUAGCCUGUUGCACACAUAGGAGAUAAAGUUUUGGUUUCUUAUUGUUUAAUUUUAGCUUGUUUUCUUGGAAGGUUGGGAAAAGUGUUUCUUUAACAGAUCAUAUACUGCAUUGUUGUUUAUUAUAUGUUCUGUUAUAUAGAAAAACUUAAGCAAAGAAUGAUGGGAAAAGGAGUAUAACGUGGUUAGUUAAUAAUAUAAGCUCUUUUUUCUAACCAUUCUAUCUAAUAGUUAAGACACCAGUAACAAAAAUACAUGAUUUGGAAAUACUUUGGCUUUUUCAUAUACCAAGUGGUGCCUUAUCAUAAUAGCACUGUUACAUGAAAUAAGCCCCUGCCCCUCUCACUUUUUAGUUUGUUUUAAAAAUACACUGGUGCUCUUUGAGGUGAUAAAAUGCAUGUUUAUGAAUGGGUAUAAUUAGAAAAUACUUGUCAUCUGACAGCCACAAAUAACUAAAUUUAGAGGUUCUUCAUUCUCUAUGAUUAUAUUUUUAUGUUUUAUAGGUACCAAAUUAUAAUUGUCAAAUAUAAAUUUUAAAUUAAUAGGAAGUCAUUCUUAGGAAUUUGGUUUGAAAUUUAUCCAAUAUAGAAUUGUCAUAUUGUAUUAGGUUCUAUUUUUAGUAAGACAUUUGUAGGUAUAAAUUCAUUUGAUUUAACAUUAUUUCUAGAAUGAAAAAUCUUAUAAAUCCUUGUCAUAGAUUAAAAUCUUGUGAUAGAGCACAGAUCUACUUAGGCUAAGAUUUGGAAGAAAUAAUAUGUAAGAAUGGUCAAGACAGACCAGUUAGGUUUGACUAGACUUCUGUGGAAGUAUUGUCUAUUUCAGUGUGAAACUAUCUUGAAUUUACAAAUAUAGUGUUAUAUUUUAUAAAGUUUUGUAAAGUCCCAAACAAUAUUUCUAUUUUUGUAAAACAAUUGUAUGUUUAAUCUGUUUCUGAAAUCAUUUUGCAAUGUAUGGAACUAGACAGCAGCUGAUCUUUCUAAAUUGUGAACUCGACCGGGUCAGCCGAGAUUGCUUUUGAGUGGGGUCAUUUCUCACUCUGCUUCGAGGCAGCCAUUAGGUUGAGAGUAUAUUUGUCAUAUAAAACUUGAUGCAUUUUGCACUACUCUCUCCAUUUGUAUGCUGCAAUUAACUACUCUUUCAAAUAUGAAAAAUCAGCCUAAAGAUUGUUUUAAACCCUAAAUUUUUAAACCUUUCAAUCUGAAUAUAUUGCAUAUGUUGAGAGGUUUGGUUCAGUAACUUGUGUUGGAGGAGUCUUUGGCUUGGUUAAGGCGCUAACUUUACUGUUAAUUGUGAAAGCCUCUGAGAUAUGUAGACCUCCCUGUAGGAAAUGUGAAAGAAAGGCACAAUAAGUUUGUUUUAGUAUCAGAUGGACUUUUGUUUCCAAGCAGUAUAUCGUAUAAUCAGCAUAUCUGAAAAGGACUAUGAAACCUGAGAAGUACUAAUGGAGACUUACUGUACAUAGGAGCUGAGCAGCCAGGAACCAAGGGGGAAUGUUCUGCGGUAGUUUGCAUUUUCAUUCUCUUGACUUUUUGUACAAUAAAAAAUCCUUUACAACUUAA